AUGCUAAGAGCAGAAACAAAAAAAUCGCUCUAUGAAGACCCGGGCAAGUGGAAAGAAUACUUGCAGGCAGCUGAAAGAAUAGGAAUAGUCGAGGAGACCAAGUUGGAACCAACGUUUGAGGAGGGAAUUAAGAAAGUCGAAACAUACAGAUUGGCAGUCGAUGGCACUUUGGAUGGACUUGAAGCGAUAAUGCAGCCAAACCAUAAAGUUGUGGAAACAGGAGCUAUAGUUGCUCCACCCGGACAAAACCCACACGAGUUAAUGGCUGCUGCUUGCACAAAGCUGAAGCACUUCGUUGAGAGCAACCAGCAGGACCUAACCACUAUUAUCUUCCAGGCUCGUUUAGAAAUUGUCAUUGGUGCGAUGAAUAAAUUGGCCGGAGGCAGAGCGGUUAUCACAAACAAAAGGCCGGGCGGCGGUUCGACGACUUCGACGUUUUGUCACCGUUGA